CCUCUAACCUCCUGCUUUCUUUCUCUUCCCAGGAGCACACCCACCACUCUCUCUCUCUCUCUCUCUCUCUCCCUCCCUCUCUCUCUCUCUCACAUAAUGAGGAAUCCUUGUUGUGACAAGCAAAAGACCAACAAAGGAGCUUGGUCCGAGCAAGAGGACCAGAAGCUCAUCGACUACGUCCAAAAGCACGGUGAGGGUAACUGGAAUUCCCUGCCAAAAGCUGCAGGAUUGCUUCGCUGUGGAAAAAGUUGUAGGCUAAGAUGGCUGAACUAUCUGAGGCCCGACCUUAAAAGAGGGAACUUUGGUGAGGAUGAAGAGGACCUUAUUAUCAAGCUCCAUGCUCUUCUAGGGAACAGGUGGUCUCUCAUAGCCGGAAGAUUGCCCGGAAGGACAGAUAAUGAAGUGAAGAACUAUUGGAACUCUCAUCUACGGCGAAAGCUACUAAGCAAAGGCAUCAUUCACCGCCGACCAUCAGCAGCAAAAAUCAAAUCCUCGACUGAGGAUAAGACAGUUCAUCAGUCAAGUGCAGCAAUCUCCAUCAAAGAAAAAGGAGUAUCACCAGAUGGUGAUCGUUUGGACCUCAAGCUCGGGGUGUCCGGUGGUCCGGCAAAGCACUCGAAGCAUGCUCAAAGCAAGGAGAUUAACGGGGGGAAACCGUAUACUACGUUACUAUUGUUUAAAUGAUUGUUUACAUAGACUUUAUGACCUGAGAUAUGGGUUGAGGUUUUAGUGUGCUUCCCUUAUCUACAAGUUUAUCUAACUCUGAUAAUUGGGUGAAGAAAGAAAAACCCAACAUGUGUGUAAGUUAUUUGCAUGCUUUCUCCUUCCACAAAUAUUGCAGAGGAUGGAGCUAUGCAUGUGGGAUUUAGAGGCAUUAUUAUGUAAUAAAUGUAAUGGCGUGUGUUUGAUGUGAAUCUUGAAUUUCAAUUUGCA